UGCCAAGUUUUACUUCUCUCCGAAAAACCGGUUCGAGUCCAAGGAUGAAGGAACGCCCGUUGAGCUGAACUUUCAGUUUCGAUAUCAGUAGCCGCACACAAGGCUGGAUUUUCCGUGCGCAGUAGCAUUUUGAGAUCGAUUACGUGCGACUCUUUUUGACUCGGACUCGGAUUUUGGUUAUGCAUGGUUGUGUUUAGAUAUACGCGAUGAAGUCUGUGCUGUGCGCUUUUGUGACGGCUGUGCUCGCGCUACAGCAGGCCGAGUGUCUCAAGAGGAGCUAUUAUAUAGCCAUUAGAGAGGAAGACUGGAAUUACGCACCCAGCGCCAGAAACCUUAUCAAUAACCGAAGCAUUGAGCAAGACGAACAUGCGUCGGUUUUUCUGUCAAGUGGCAAGACCCGGAUAGGGAGUGUUUACAAAAAAGCUUUGUACAGACGGUACACUGAUGGGUCUUAUUCCGAGGAGAUAGCUAAACCUGCCUGGCUCGGCUUCCUCGGACCCAUUUUACGGGCUGAGGUCGGAGAUGUCAUAGAAGUGCACAUGAAGAACUUUGCGACCAGGCCGUAUUCUCUCCACCCUCAUGGAGUCUUCUAUGAGAAGAAUUCAGAAGGAGCGUUGUAUCCAGACGGCACCACUGGUCGUGAUAAGAGAGAUGAUGCGGUGGCUCCAGGUGAGAGCUACACAUACACCUGGCAGGUCAAACCAGAGUACGCUCCUACUGAAGCAGAUGCCAGCUGUCUCACCUGGAUUUACCAUUCACAUGGAGAUGCACCAAAAGACAUUGCAUCAGGGCUGAUAGGAGCUCUGCUCACCUGCAAACAAGGCACUUUGGACUCUAGUCAAAAGCGCUCUGAUGUGGAUGAAGAUGUCAUUUUGAUGUUCAGUGUGGUGGAUGAGAACUUGAGCUGGUACUUGGAGGAGAAUAUUGAAAAGUUCUGCUCUGAUCCAGACGAAACAAAACAACAUAUGGAAUACGUAGACGAGGAGUUCAGAGAGUCCAACCUCAUGCACUCAAUCAAUGGCUAUGUUUAUGGGAAUUUGCCUGCACUGAAAGUGUGUGUCGGACGUACCGUGUCUUGGCAUCUCUUCGGCAUUGGUAACGAGGUGGACAUUCAUUCGGCUUAUUUCCAUGGGCACACCCUCGUGGAUCGCAUGCACCGCACAGAUGUGCUUAGUCUGUUUCCUGCCACUUUUGUCACCGCAACAAUGAUCCCCAGAACAGAAGGAAAAUGGUUGUUAAGCUGCCAAGUCAACGAUCAUGUAGAAGCAGGUAUGCAGAGUUUCUAUGAGGUCUCGGCCUGUGGGUCCUCAGUCUCUCCAACAGAGGCCCCUGGCAAAGAGAGACAUUUCUACAUCGCUGCUGAGGAGAUGGAUUGGGACUACGCCCAUUCAGGGAUGAACUACAUGACAAAUAAAUCACUUACUGAACCAGAGAGUGACUCUGAAUCGUAUUUCAGUCGUGAUGGUGGUAAGCUGGGUGGAAAAUACCUGAAGGCCAGAUACAUUUCAUACACUGACAGCACAUUUACUACCAAAACACAUAUUGCGGGCUCAGAUAAGCAUCUUGGAAUUCUGGGUCCUGUAAUCAGAGCAGAGGCUGGUGAUGUUAUCAUUGUGACAUUCUUUAACAGAGCUACACGUGACUACAGCAUUCAGCCACACGGUCUGCAUUAUGAGAAGACCUAUGAAGGAGCAAAGUAUCAGGAUGGUACUCAGAAAGCUGGAGCCUCUGUGGCUCCUGGUGAAAAGUUCACCUAUCGCUGGAGAGUAAUUGAAGGUCCCUCCAGCAGUGAUCCUCCUUGUGUUUCAUACUUGUACUAUUCUGCUGUUGAUCCGGUUCGGGACACUAACUCUGGUUUAUUUGGGCCCAUACAAGUGUGCAGGAAAGGUGUUCUUGAUGGAAGUGGCCAUCAGUAUGCCAACAAAAUUCAGCACGAGUUUUUUCUGCUGUUCUCUGUCAUGGAUGAGAAUAAAAGCUGGUAUCUGCAAAAGAAUUUGAACAAGUUUGGUAGCCGUGAUUCAGAUCCAGCCAAUGAAGAGUUUCAGGAAAGCAAUAAGAUGCACGCGGUGAAUGGCUACAUGUAUGGAAACCUGCCUGGUCUGGACUUGUGUAAUGGGGAACAUGUUAUGUGGCACAUACUUGGCUUGGGCACUGAGGUGGAUAUCCAUGGGGUCUAUUUCGAGGGUAACACGUUUCAACGAGACGGGAUGAACCGUGACACUCUCAGUGUCUUCCCGCAUACCGCAGUGACUGUUAGCAUGACACCCGACAAUAAUGGCCAGUUUGAGCUGAGCUGUCGUACGGGUGAACACUACCACGCUGGCAUGCAUCAGCAUUAUGAAGUCAAGUCCUGUUCAGCAGAGACUCCUGCAGCAGAACAUUUCACCUCCACAGUGCAGUACUUCAUCGCAGCAGAGGAGGUCGAGUGGAAUUAUGCUCCAGACCGCACAUGGGAACUGGAGAAACACAAAACUACACUGGAGGACAGCCCUGGAGGAAUUUAUCUUGAACAGUCAAAAAAUAGGAUUGGUGCAAAAUAUAAGAAGGUGGUGUUUCGUGAAUAUUUAGAUGAAACCUUUACCAAAAAGAAACACAGACGACCAGAGGAGGAGCACUUGGAAAUAAUGGGACCCAUCAUUAGAGCUGAGGUUGGUGAGAAGAUUCAAGUUGUGUUUAAAAACAAAGCCAGCAAGCCAUAUUCUGUUCAUGCCCAUGGAGUGAAGACCAGUGAAACCCAUCAGAACGGUGUUCAACCAGGUCAUAUGACGACAUACAGCUGGACCAUUCCAAAACGAUCAGGUCCGGGUCGCAGUGAUCCAAACUGUAUAACGUAUGCCUACUACUCGUCUGUCAGUCUAGUUGAGGACUUGAUGAGCGGUUUGGUGGGUCCACUGAUAGUGUGCCGCAAAAACACCCUGAACACCGACAGAUGUAGAAAAGACAUUGAUAAAGAGUUUGCGCUCCUUUUCUUGGUGUUCGAUGAAAAUGAGUCCCACUACCUGGAUGAAAACAUAAAAACGUACCUCAACGCAGACCCAGAAAAAUACGAAGAAAAAUAUGAUGGGGACUUUAUGGAGAGCAACAAAAUGCAUGGUAUUAAUGGAAAGAUGUAUGCUAACCUCCAUGGGUUGAAUAUGACAGAGAAUGACAAGACCGAGUGGUAUUUGAUAGGACUGGGGAAUGAAGUCGACAUGCACACUGUGCAUUUCCAUGCUCAGAGCUUCAUUUACAAAACGGAUCAUCCUCAUCGUGCUGAUGUAUACGACCUGUUCCCAGGAACAUUUCAGACCAUAGAGAUGACUGUAGGAAGUCCUGGACAGUGGCUGCUUCACUGCCAUGUGACCGAUCACAUCCAUGCGGGCAUGGAGACGGUUUUCACUGUUCAUCCGAGAGGGUCAUCAGGUUCAUCAAGGAGUGAUGAGGAAUAUCCAGACAGUGCCUUCGAUCAUUUUGGAAACCUGUCUACUCUGAUGUUGUGUCUCCUUGGAUUGGUCCUGUCACAAUUUGUAGCACACUGAAAAAAGAUCAAAGUGACCAUGAGCCCGAUAGAACUGAUAUUUAUUGCUGUGACACUGAUGCUCACUACUUAGUUACCUCAUCUAGCAUUCUCACUGUAUAGCUGUUAGGGAAACUGUUCAGCUGUUGAGGGAAACAGCUAUUACAUAAGAUAUAAAGAUUAGUCAUUCAAUUUUGAUUUAACAUGCAAGUAGUGAUCCAUAUAAUUGCGUCAGUUAAUAGAAUCAAAGCUUAAAGAAGAAUGCACUUUACUCCCCCGCACUGCAUGUUUAUUAGGUCUCUCUGAUUGGAAGUGAGCAUCCCGAUGUCCUAGAGUAGAGCCCUUGAAAUGGGGACUUUGGAGGGAGCAGGGCUCUUGAACUGAAGGGAGCAAUGAAAGACAACAUAUUUUCUUCAUUAUCUUCACCUGGAAUGUUAGCAUGACUACAGCAUCCAUAAACACAAUGCAUCAGCUGUACUUGCAGUAGAAUUAUACUAUGUCAGAUGCUUUCGAUUCCCAUGAAUGCACUAAUGGUGGCCACAACUGCAUCUGCUAUCUUAGUAGUGACCGAGUAAGAGUAAGUUGAGUGAUGAGUGUGUGUUACUUUCUUACUCCGGUAUUUGUUUUGUAUGUAUGGUUGCACAGAUGACCUGGUUUUCAAUUGUUAUUUUUUAUGUGAUUUAAGAUUGCUAUGACAUUUCUAUUUCUGAUUUGGAAUAUUUAUAAUCUUAAUUGUUCACUGUUUUUCUGAUGAACGGUGGCUAAUGUUCUGGAACUGAAAUGCAAAGUUAAGAACAAAAAUGAAUAAAAUGAGCUUAACUGUGAAAGAUAACAAAA